AUGAUUGACGACGAUUCCAAGUAUUUCUGUUUAAGUGGCGAUAUCCCUGUCGGUGGGCCAAGCACCUGGCACGUCACCGAUUGGGACCAGAGACGGGUGGUUUCGGUAACUAUGGACGGAGAGCAAGACGACGAGAGUAUUGCCAUUGAACAUUUCAGCCGCUAUAGCAGCCAACUAUCUCCCGACAUCUAUAGGAUCUAUGUAUCGCAUGCUGGCGAGAUCAUCUCAACAUAUACUGAUCCAAAGGACGAUCCGACCUGCUGCGUGUACUAUCCAUUGCUUCACGAAAGCUUCUUCCCGGAAGGGAUUCAGAUUCAGACAGUACGGCGUGACGAACUUGAGGAACUCGAGAGGCUUGGCCCUGAUGUGGAUCUUGUCUCAUACCUUCCAUGUCUGGGAGCAUCUGCUAAAAAGGAGAUGAACCUGUGGAUGCGUCUACCUCGCCACCCAAAUAUCGUUCCCUUUGACCGGAUUGUCGUUGACGAACUCGAGGGUCGCGUGGUUGGAUUCACCAGCACCUAUGUGCCUGGCGGCAGUCUAGAGGAGAACAAGUCGCGCGUUUUCAGACUGGAGUGGCUAAAGCAGCUCAUAAAGGUUGUAGACGACUUGAACCUCCGAUACAGUAUCUCGCACCAAGAUAUCGCCCCGCGAAACAUCGUCGUUGACGAGUCAACAGACUCUGUCAUGCUCUUGGACUUUAACUUUGCAGCCCGCAUCAAUCAUCCUUCUUCACCUGGGGAGGGUGAGAGUUACCUCGAGGACCGGAACGAUGUUAAGGGCGUUAUAUUCACCACCUACGAGAUUAUUACUCGAGACAAUAGCCUCCGGAGUAGGCCCCACGAAGAGCAGAACCUCGGUGACCUUAGACUAGACUCACUAGAGUGGGCAAAGCAUCCAGAGGUGAAGCUGGACCAUCCAGCUGCGUCAUAUCAGCUCAUAUUGCGAGAAUGGCGGGAGAGAAGGGCAGGAGACCUCAAUGCCGUCGACCCAGACCGCUUGCCAGAUGCCAUUGACUGGCCAUCCUUGCCCAAGCCACCGCAGAAGACAAUUUCCAACAAGGGUCCUCAUGGACAGCUGUCUCUCUUUACCGUAGACAUGUGGGAUGAGAGGCGGCAGGAUGUACGGGAUAGGGGUGAUAAGGUUUUAAGCUGGGAACGGCCGCCGCAGACACUUUUGCACAACGGGACUCGGGUGCUCGCUAGUGGUGAAGUAAUCAACUGUAGCAACUAG